AUGUCGGAAAUUCAGCUUUCCCUCGAGAGAUCUCUGGAAGGGGUUGCCCUUUCAGUAUUCGCAUUCCUCUCUAUCCUCGUUUGCUUUCCGCCUUUGCUCUGGCACUCGAGGAAUAAGAACUUCCCCGCAGUAUGUUUGACGGUCUGGCUUAUCGUUCAAAAUAUCUUCAACUUUAUUAAUCCACUGGUCUGGCCUACCGAUGAUAUACCUUCGUGGUGGGACGGCCGAGGAUAUUGCGAUAUCCAAGCCAAACUCAUAACUGGAGCAGGCGUCGGAAUUGCGGGCCCAUUGGCAUGUAUAUUUCGAUCACUGGCAAAGGUCCUGGACACCGAGCAUGCUACCAUCAUGCCAAGCAAAGGAGAGAAAAGACGAGCUCUUGCGUUCGAUAUUUCCUUCUGCGUGAUAAUUCCAGCAUUCGUCAUGGCGAUUCACUAUAUCGUCCAAGAAAGGCGAUAUUUCAUUUAUGCUAUUGUCGGCUGCAUGCCUUCCUACAUCAGCAGUUGGCCUAGUAUUGUCGUCAAUCACAUGUGGGCGCCGCUUGUACUUACAGUUGCUGUGGUAUAUGCAGUGAUUGUUGUAUAUCGCCUUAUCAGGUACAAGCGUGAAUUCAAUUACAUUAUCUCAGUCAGCAGCUCCACAAAUAAGUCAAGGUUCAUGAGGCUCUUUAUACUUUCUAUGGUCCUGCUUCUCGGAAGUUAUCCCGUCCAGAUUUACGUUCUCUUCUUUAAUAUCACCGGAUUCGGGCCUUUGCUGCCAUUCUCAUGGGCUGAAGUGCACGGGCCAGAAUGGCAAGUUAUAGAAAAGUAUCCAAUGGGGGGUAAAGUAUUCUUCGAUCGUUGGAUUCAUGUUACUGCUGGAUUUUUGUUGUUCGCUUUCUUUGGCUUUGGAAAAGAUGCCACUCUCAUGUAUCGAUCGUUUCUCCUCAAACUUGGCCUUGGACGAUUCUUUCUUGGUCUUCAACAUCCUCAUAUUAUGGGCUCUGGGCACGGCUCUUCUAGGAGCAAAGGCGGAUCCUUUGGAAGCCGGACAAGAAUGAUUUUUAGAGGGAAGUCCGAAGACACCACGACUAUGUCUACUGUUUCAAAGCCAGAUGAAUCGAGUUCUAUGACUAUCGGGCCAUUUAUAUCUAGCGACUCUGGACGCCGAAGCCCAUCGUUUUCACUGAACAAGCCUGCUUCAUCACAUCUUGCGCGAACGACCCCAAAUGAAAACCACUCUACUGAACCUUAUCUAUCUGAUAUCGGAAACAUCUUGCAAGUUUCACCUCCUAGGCCUAGCCCACAACCGGGAACUGUUGACGUACGAACAUCCUUCCCCGUCUCACCUAGGAGAGGAGACGAUAUGGUGUGAUCGAAGUGGAGCGCUUAAUAACGGACGCUCAUCGUUUACAUCAUCAAAACUUCUACAAGAUGGUGCAGGCGCCGUUUGAUAAUACGAAGAUUUCAUCAAAGGAGGGGAUGAUUUCUCUAAUUUAUUCAUGACGCCGGGAAUGUUUCCACUUUCUUCCCCGGCUUACACCCAUUUUCGCUACAUACAUUUGAGAUGUACCAGUUUUCCACGUCCUGAACUUUCUCCUGAUACCUCGACACCCCAUUUUAUAAGAUAGCUGUUUCUGCUCCUGUUGUUGUCCAAAUAAGGCAUCGUGUCUAUGGACUGUUGUCCGUCCUGGCUCGAAAUGAUAUUUGAGCUGAUGAUAAAUGUGGCUGAUGCGAUAUGUACAUACAUAGUUCCCGGCUAAAUACAUAGUCCCAGGUAUAUGAAUAAAGAAAUAAAUCUCAGAGUUG